AUGGACUUGAAUGAUGUAAAUUUAAAAAGCCAGGCGCGGGGGCAGGAGAUUGCCAGGGGCUUUAAGCUAGUGAUGGCCUCACUGUACCACAUCUACGAGGCCCUGGAGGAGGAGAUCGAGUGCAACAAGGACCACCCUGCCUUCAAACCCCUCUACUUCCCCGAGGAGCUGCACCGCGGCCCGGCCCUGCGACGCACCCUGGCCUUCUGGUACGGCCUCGACUGGCGAGAGGCCAUGGCCCCCUCCCCGGCCACCCGGCACUAUGUGCGUCGCCUGCAUGAGGUGGGGCACCGGGAGCCCGAGCUGCUGGUGGCCCACGCCUACACGCGCUACCUGGGCGACCUGUCCGGGGGCCAGACCCUGCGCAAGAUCACGCAGAAGGUGCUGGACCUGCUGGGCGACAGCGACGGCCUGGCCUAA